UGAUAUUGUCCUCGGGAGGUGACAUGUUUGAAAAACCUAAGGAUUUAACAUUAUCCACAAAGAACAUUCUCACCUUGUGGAACAAGGAAAACACCAAAGAAUAAUUAAACAUCCUAUUUGGCUGUAAUUUUGGUUUCCCCAUGGCUAUUUCUACAUCCUUUUGCCGGCCCAUUUCCUCUUUCAAUGCUAUCUCUCCGCCAUCUCUCUGUUUCUUGAAACCCAUUUACCAUCAUUUCAAACUUGAUGACUCUUCUUAUCCUUCUUUAGCCGUCAAAUGUUGCUCCUCUCACAAUGGCCAAUCUUCAGACCACAUGAAUGGCAGGCAACCUGAGUUAUCUCCUAUAGCUCCUUUUGGUGUCACGAUGACAAAUAAUGGAACAUCUAAACCAUCAUAUAGAUGGCGUAGGGUGCUGCUUAAAGUUAGUGGUGAGGCACUAGCAGGAGAUCAAGCACAAAACAUUGAUCCCAAGAUCACAAUGGCCAUUGCAAGGGAGGUGGCAGCUGUCACUCGACUUGGCAUAGAGGUUGCAAUAGUUGUUGGUGGAGGUAAUAUUUUUCGUGGAUCCUCCCAUGCAGGAAGUAGUGGACUGGAUCGGUCAUCUGCUGAUUAUAUUGGGAUGUUAGCAACUGUUAUGAAUGCAAUAUUCUUACAAGCUACAAUGGAGAGCAUUGGAAUCCCCACAAGAGUCCAGACUGCAUUUAGAAUGUCAGAAGUUGCUGAACCAUAUAUCCGUAGAAGGGCUGUUAGGCAUCUCGAGAAAGGGAGAGUAGUAAUUUUUGCAGCAGGAACUGGGAAUCCCUUCUUCACGACAGACACUGCUGCAGCUCUACGUUGUGCAGAGAUUAAUGCCGAGGUGGUGUUGAAGGCAACAAACGUUGAUGGAGUCUAUGAUGAUAACCCGAGGCAGAAUCCUGAUGCUUGUCUUCAGGAUAACCUGACUUACCAUGAAGUAAUUUCGAAAGAGCUCUCUGUGAUGGACUUGACUGCAAUUACUUUGUGCCAAGAGAAUAACAUUCCAGUUGUCGUUUUUAAUCUCAAUAAACCAGGUAACAUUGCUAAAGCCAUUAAAGGAGAGAGGGUUGGCACAUUAAUUGGUGACACAUGGAAUACAGAAGCAGCAAUAUCUUAAGAGGUAAAAAAAAAAAAAGUAGCUGGUAGUUGGAUUGCUAUUUGUAGCAUUUCAAUACACUUAGAGAGCUCAUUUUGGCAGAUUGUUCCAAGAAGUUGGCACUCAAAAGUAUUGAAGGAAUUCCCUUUGAAAGCCAUCGAUUCACAACUACUGAAGAUAAGCAUAUAAUUCUCGGAUUUUUUUCCCCGUGGAAUUUUCAGAGCUUUUCUUGAAGUGCAAACCUAGGUAGCCAAGAGUUGUAUUCUUUGACAGUAAUUCUACUUUUAUGUUCUACAUUUCUAUUCUUUUCUUGGUUUGAAUUAUAAGGAAAAUUUUAUCUACGUAUGAGAAUUAUGCAUUGCUUA